AUGGCACAAGAGAGCUGGAAACAAGAGUCUGAGGAGACUGGAGUCCACGCCCCUGAGGCCCCAAUUCUGUGCAUAAACAAUUGUGGCUUCUUCGGCAGCAGCAUGACAAACAAUAUGUGCUCGAAGUGCUAUAGGGACUUCAUCAAGUUGAUGGAAAACCCUGCAGUGGAGAAGAAGUCGAUCAUAGGGCCAUCAUCCUCUGCGGUGCCUCCACUAGAGGCAGCAAAGCGAGACGAUGCGACCGCCGCUGCCGAAGCCACAACUGUAGACGACAAGCAAGCAGCGCAGGAGGAGCCCCCAAAGCCGCCGAGCAACCGAUGCCUGACCUGCCGCAAGAAGGUCGGGCUGACUGGGUUCCAGUGCCGCUGCGGCAGGACCUUCUGCUCCAUGCACCGCUACACGGACUCCCACCAGUGCACCUUCGACUAUAAGACGGCGGCCAGGGAGCAGAUCACCAAGCAGAACCCCGUCGUGAUGGCUGAGAAGAUCAACAAGAUCUGA